AUGGCCAUCAACUACUUGAUCCUGCUCAGUCGGCAGGGCAAGGUGCGCUUGGCCAAAUGGUUCACGACAUUAUCACCCAAGGACAAGGCGAAGAUUGUCAAGGACGUCUCUCAACUAGUCCUCGCUAGACGAACUCGCAUGUGCAAUUUUCUCGAAUAUAAAGACACCAAGAUCGUCUACCGUCGAUAUGCCUCCCUAUUCUUCAUCGCCGGUUGCUCCUCCGAUGACAACGAGUUAAUCACUCUCGAGAUUAUUCAUCGAUACGUUGAACAGAUGGACAAGUAUUACGGCAACGUCUGCGAACUCGACAUCAUAUUCUCCUUCACCAAGGCAUACUACAUACUGGACGAGAUAUUACUGGCAGGGGAACUUCAGGAAAGCAGCAAGAAGAACGUUCUGCGGUGUAUAAACCAACAAGAUUCUCUCGAGGAUAUGGAGUAUCUCCCACUUCGCGACUUCGACGUCAUCAACUCCGCGCUGAAUUUCAGCACGGCCGAAUGCCGCGUCAAGGGAUCGUGCGACCUGUACACCACAAAAGCCGCGGGCACCGAUAAGAAGCUGUAUAAAUCGAUUGAGAAUUCGCUCGAGGCUCAACAUGCUGCGCUUCUUAAGUUUGGCGCAUCAUUGUCGCCGCCGCAGCGAAAAGAGAUGGCCGCGUCACUCAACUUAUCUCGUUCAAGUCCCUUCGGCAAUCUUAGCGAAGUCUCGAGCCGUCGCACCUUUGCUUACCUCAUUGCGACAUUGAACGCGAGCCACCCCGACUAUGACUUCUCCCAUGUCUUGCGACCGACCGACUUCCGUCGUGAGCGCGACCUACAACAUGUGAUGGCUAAUAUCGACAAUACGUUGCAUAGUGUGCGCCCUAUCGGUACUACGCUUUUAUCGCCCGAUGCGUCUUCAUCGUAUCGCUCUUACGGCAGCUCACCCGCGGCGAACCUGGCCAUUGGAAGUGAUGCGAUUAGCAAUCCUGUUUGGAGCCCUGGCAUGUGGACCAUGAUUGAUAAGGAGAUGACCCUGAGAGACUGCACCGUAUUCUCGUAUCAACCCAUCGAGGAUCCUUUCGACGGCGACGAAGCCGCCAUAUGGCGCAUGCACUAUUUCUUCUUCAACAAGAACAAGAAGCGAGUCGCUUAUCUUUACGUUAGGGGCCUACCGAUACUCAUGAACUCGCCCGCACUUGCGCCUCAUCGACGUGGCAGCAAUGGCCUAUCAUCGAAGCGUUACGCAACGGCAUUACCCGGUAGCUUAGGCGCGAACAAGCGCGCCAAGUUCUGGCUGGGAGAUCAGCUCGCCAACCGCAUAGUGGCGGAAGAUUACGACUCCGAUGAUGACGAGUAUGAUGACGAGAUGGUCCAAUACGACUCCGACGAAGAUGUCGACAUCGAUCCAUUAAACGACCCUUCCACCGAUGAAGAAGAGAGUGAUUCGUACGACGAGAGUGAGGAGAGCGAAUGCGAGGACGAACACGUCGCGCAUUCCGUUAGAGGCGUAAGCGAAGACAUCGCCGCGCGAAUGGAGAUGUAA